GUAAUGCUAAUACUCGCAAUACUCGGAGAGAAUAACGUCAUGCAGAUCAGUGUUAAAAAUAACCCUGACGAUGUGACCGCUGAAUGCCACUUUAACAGAGAUAGCGAGAGAAAAGCUGCUCUUCAAUAAUAACAGGACAAAUCCACUGCCCCUGGAGUCAGACAGGAGAAAACGAGAGGAAUUAACACCCAUGGAAAAUAUGCUGCGGGCAGCGCUUGAUAACACAGCUGCCCUUCUGCCCAGCUCAGCUGAUUUAGAUUUUCCAUCAAGAUGGGAGGGGAAGCGUAAAAGAGAUAGCCUAUGCUACAGUGAGAUGAGCGAUACAGAACAUUGUUUUAACACACCGUGUGUCCUGAAAUAGUGUGACUGGCCGAACUGAAUCUGAGCUCGCUGCAUGGAAAGCCGUGUCUCAUAGUUUCCAGGACUUGCACUCUCGGGGUGUGUGUCUAUGAUUAGUCAGCAGAGCCAUUCGUUUCUGUACAGAAUGGAAAAGUGAGGCGGAGUCUGUGGUGGGCGGAGCCUGUUGUUGUGCGGUUGAGGGACUUUUAUAUAAAACGAGACGGAUGAGUGACCUGCAGUCUUACGAAGCAUUCCCGACGUUAUAUCGGUGCUGCGGGAGCACGGACUAUUCCAGAAGAUUCUCUCUCAACAAAACAGCGUCACGUGACCACAGUAGCCUACAAAGACGCUGGGCUUAUAGCUAUUUCCUUUACUCAGUUUGACCCAUUUCCUUUCUGCAAAUGCUCAAGGCUCUCUGCGGAACUGAGACCACCAGAGAAGGACAGGGAAAGCAGGAGCGAAGAGGUUGAUUUCGAAAGCAUUUGUUUCCUAAAGCAGGCGUCAUUCGUGUCCUCACGCUGGGGAAGUCAAAACGGACACGUCUCAACCCCUCCUGCCCUUUACGUUCUCUAACCUCUCAAGUCCUCCGGAGGAUCCGUCAACGGGCUUCAAUCAUGCACCUGAAAACCAUGAAGUGCAACCCUUUCUGCCUUAUCGCCUCCUUAGAGGACCUGGAUAUGUUUAACAGACCCGAAGAGAGGGCUAGUUUUGAGGAUCUGUUCCGUGCCUUUGACCGAAACGUCACCUUCCAGUUCUUCAAGAGUUUCCGUCGGGUGAGGAUAAACUUUACCAAUGCUCUGGCCGCUGCGGAGGCAAGAGCAAAACUCCACAAAACUGACUUCAACGGCAGGGAGGUGCGACUCUAUUUUGCCCAGUCUGUGCACAUUGGCAGUCCACACCUGGAACCUCCUAAACCAGAUAAGCAGUUCCUCUUGUCCCCUCCUCCGUCACCUCCUGUGGGUUGGGAGCAGGCAAAGGACGCCACGCCUGUCAUUAACUAUGACCUUCUGUGUGCCAUCUCCAGACUAGGGCCAGGUGAAAAGUAUGAGCUCCAGCCAGGAACUCCCACCACUCCCAGCGUGGUUGUUCAUGUUUGCGAAAACGAUCAAGAAAGCUCAGGAAAUGAGGAGGAUAUGGAUGGUGGCAGACGUCCACGUCCAAAAAUCAUCCAGACCCGUCGUCCAGAAUAUACGGUCAUGCAGUGAUCCUAGGGAACCUCAUUGUGCCAUAAUUUUUGCUUUACUAUCACAAGACCCUUUGGGGGAUAUACAGAGGCACGCAGUUGGUUCUCCAGACCACUAGAGGACGCCUUAAGACAGAACCUCAGCCCUGUGGAGAGAGACAUAGUGUAUAUGUCCACUGUCUCAUAGGACAAUGGGGUUCACUGCAUGCGUUCGUUCGGUGGUAGAGUGACUCAUUUUUCCGCAGGCUGGGGGUUUUCAAGGGUGCUUUCAUCGGUAACUGUGGCCAUGGAGAACAUCAGUCUCAUAUUGUGUAGUGUUUUUUUGUAUCAUGGGAAGCAUGUUGAAUCCCAGUCAUUGGGUUUGUUGAUAUUACUUUGUAUUUCCUUUUAGUUUAGCUUGAUAUUUGCAAGCUCUUAUUUAAUUAACACUCAAGUGAAAGAUUAUUGGAACUUGAACUCGAGUAAAUGCUGACUAUGAAGUAAAUAUUUUGUCAUAAAAUGUGGGUGGGGGUAGGGGGUAUUUUUUCCAUUCAUAUGGCAAUUGUAAGUCUCAUUCCACCUUGUGCCUCAACAUGUUCCUAAAUUACAGAAUCAUGGUUAGGGUAUAUGAGAGUCCAUUGUUUUAACGCACAAAACUGACUUUUUAAAAUAAUCCCAAAGUAGUCUUUAAGAUGCGUUUUUAGGAUGUACUGGAAGGAAUGGUCCUCAAUGUCAUGUACUUAAAUAAUUUGUUGGACCAUAACACUGUAAUCAGUUUUGAUCGAGGACUAUUAACACUUUACCAAAAAGAACAUCAAUUGAUUUUAUUACAUGGAGCUUAAUAAUAUAUUUCUGAUGCCUUUUACUGUUUGUAAUGUCUGUAUAUAAUGGUAUAUGUUUUUUUUUUUUUUGUAUUUUACUUGAUUUUAAAAAUGUCACUGACUUAGAAAUGGCUUGGGUGUUUGUCCUGUCAUAAAUAACAGCCAUAACAUGUCAUUAAAAUAAGUUGUUUUUCUUCA